UUUAGAACUCCAAAAGGUGUUUUAACUACGCUACUUGAACGCCUCAGCUUCCGGUAUAUUUGCUUGAGACGGCCAUAUUGGACUUUUUCAAGGGUAUCUGAAGACGGUAGGCCAGACAACAUGUACCGGUUUGCAAAAGCUGCAGCUAACCUCGGUGGCCAGGCUGUUCAGCAGGUGAGGCACGGAUCCACCGCCCCCCAGAACUUCCACUCAAAGUAUGGCCUGGGUGUGCUGGUCAGUGGAGCUGUCUUCUGCAGCACCGUGUGGGGAUAUGUACUGACUCAGACUGGAAUUGUCUGGAACCUGUCCCCAGUUAAUAGGUUGUCGCCCAAACCAUGGAGGGUGGCAGAGGAGUAAAGAGCCAACAUGAUGGACCUGGUUCCCAAUCACAAAAACCUAUUACUGUAUAGAUGGAUAACCUUUAUCUGUGUGUUCAGACAGUCAAUUACUGCUUAUUUCAACAUCCUAUUUGUCCAAAUAAAUUAAUUCCACUGA